AGUAACUGAACCAACCGUGCGGAUUCUCGAUGGGGAAGAAGAAAAUGAUGAACGGGUCACUAUUAGUGUAAUUUGAAGAAAAUUGGAAACAGAUUUGAGCUUGGCUGUUUCUUUCAUAUCACUAAUCUAGAAAUCAAAGCUAUAAAACCCUGGCUAGCUGAGCUACAGAGAGAGAGAGAGAGAGAGAGAGAGAAGAAAAUGGCGUUUAGAGGGAAGGAGAUGAUGAAGAACAUAAUGAAGAAAGUGGGGGAGAAGAACAUGGCACCGGGAGUGAAAGAGUCACUGAAGAAAUGCAUACCGGACUCCAAAAUCGUGAUGAAUCGGGCCAAGCGGGGCAUCUUCGCUGGCCGCCACAUCCGGUUCGGUAAUCGCGUCAGUGAAGACGGCGGCAACAAGACAAGGAGAUCAUGGAAGCCAAAUGUACAGGAGAAGCGGCUCUUCAGUUACAUCCUAGACAGACAUAUUCGAGUAAAAGUCACCACCCAUGCCCUCCGUUGCAUAGACAAGGCUGGUGGGAUUGACGAGUACCUGCUGAAGACUCCUUACAGCAAGAUGGACACAGAAAUGGGCCUCUUUUGGAAAGCCAAGAUUGAAAAGCUGUAUGAAGAGCUUGGGCAGAAAGAGGUGGUUUUCUUUUCACCUGAGGAUGAAACCAAGUUCGAACAGGAAUUCAAAGAACUGAGACUAAAUGAGAAGGCAGCUCAAAAGGAAGCCAGGAAACAGAUGUUUGGUUGGUCGGGCAAACUGAAGCAAAUGGAGGAAGGAGAAGCAAAGAAUGAAGAAACCAAGGAGGAAGCAACAGAAUACUGCCCAGUAACAUACAUUCCAGCAGCCUCGCGUGUUGUUCCUGGACAUAAAGUUUAUAACUUCUGAGUUUAGAACUCUUCACCAGCUCAAAUGUUGUUAACGAUUUUGUUUUAUGACUGCCACCGUUUCAGAUUUUUUCUUUACUGUUAAUUCAUCCUGAUGAGCCUGAACAGCAUUCAAAUUUGUUGGUUCCUUUACUAUCCCCUGGUUCUAGGAGAUCCAAAAAUGUUGGGAAUAAAAUGCGGAAUCAGUAAACAAAAGCGAUAUUGGAACGACUACAUGAUGUAAAAUUAUUGUUAUCUUUUGUCAAAAAUAUUUAAAUUACAAUGCUGACAAAGUUAGUUUGCGAAA